AUGGCCGGUGUAAGACGUUACCUAUUCUGGAUCUCCUAUGACGGCAGUCGUUUUCCGGAAAUGGCGAAAGGAGGUACAGGAUUCGGAGUGAUGGACUUUUUUGGUCAAGUUCUACGGAAUUCGUUCGUUGGAAUUGGCGAACGCUUGAAAACGUCAGCAGCAAGUCGAACCGACCGAGGUGUGCAUGCCAUUCGGAAUGCGAUAGUGGUUCAAGUUCCUCUGGAAUAUGGUCAUAUCGAUGAACGAAAAUCGAAUUUAUUGUACGAAUUGAACACGACGAUUGAUCGAUGUUGUCCAAAUUCGUUGAAAAUUUUGGAUUUCCAUUCGGUAUCACUUGUUUCUGUCAUUGAUUUGCUUUUUGAAUUUUUUUUCGCAUAUCUUAUCAAGACUGUUUCUCCUAUAAACGAUCCAUCUUCAUUUUACAAAUUCAGGCGCUAUAAAUAUCGGAUUUGUGUUACGCACCAUUCGGAUGCCUGGUCGCGUUUCAAUAAACAACCAUCCCUGAUACAUUUCGCAGAACGAAAUUAUUCAUGGAUUUUACCGCCUGGAUUUGACAUUUAUCGAGCACGAGAAGCAUGCUGUUCAUUUGAGGGAACGCAUAAUAUGGCCUCAUUUUUGAAACAUCCUGAACGGGAAAAACGACACGAAAAAGAGUUUCCUUCAACAAUUAAGAGCAUAUUGCACUGUGACUUGAAUGGUGGUGAACCAAGGAGUUUUUACGAUUCCGAAUUCGACUUCUUCGAUAUUUCAGUUGUGUCGAGAUCGUUUCUUCGUGAGCAAGUCCGUCGCAUGAUCGGUGUGAUUAUUGGGCAAGCGUAUGGGCUUUAUGGCGAGCAUAUGAUUGAAUGGUUGCUGAAGAAUCCGGAUCCGAAAAAUUUUUACGCACGUCGAUUGAGAAUCGCUCCACCGCAAGGACUGUUUCUGGAAGACUUAGUCUAUGAUGAUCGAAUGUUUUCAAAUCCCAUCCCCUAUCAUACGCAUGGAUGGGACGCUGAGAGUGAUUCGCCUGAUCAAACUUCAUGA